AUGUCGUACCCAGUGAGCAUAAAAGCGUGCCAAGCCAUGGCUAUCCUGGGGAUGUUGGCCAGCUUUGUAGUGUUGGCUAUGGCAAUAGUAGACAUCUACCAUAAGGUUUACGAGAAACUUCCAAUUAUUCCAUUCCCAACUGUUGUAGCUGCCUCGACUCUUGCCUCGUUUGUCUUUAUUUUGAUUGGGAUUAUUGUAUGGGGAGCUGAUUUAAAUUAUGACCAGACUGAAACCACCAACACAAAUGACAAAACUAUUACUAGGUCAUCAAAGCUGGGCUACUCCUUUGGCUUAAGUAUCACUGGUGGGAUCCUGAUUUUGAUCGGAGGCCUCAUGUACUUUUUCAACCACAGGCGCAUUGCAGGAUAA